AGGAGGAGUGUGCAGGAGUGUGCGCAGUCGUCGGGGCGGAGGUGCGCGUGUUUCCCCGUGUGCGAUCUGUGCGAUAUGGGCGUCAGCGGUUCGAGUUACUGCCGGCCAUCGGUGACAGUGACUGAUGAGGAGUGGGUGCCGGAGUGGGCGGUGUCGCCCAAAACCACGGCGUCCUUCAUGGACAGCUGCGCUGUCUUCACACUCGAGCGCGACGCGCACUUCGGCAUCAUCUACAAGGAGGGGCGGGUGCUGAAGCGCGGCGACAGCUGGCCAUGUGAGUCAGUCAGUGAGGACAGGACGGGAGGGAGGGAGAGUCACAGACACACAGACAGACGGCCACAGAGGGGCACAUUACUCGCGGCAUCUUGCAUGCCGAGACACAGCCGGUGUGUGGAAUUGUGUUGUGUGUGGUUGCGGUGUUGUUGUAUGUGUGUGUGUCACUCAGAUUUCUGGGCGAUGCGGAAGCUGUACUUGUACAAUACGACACUGGUGUACAGCGACCCAUUGGCCGGGAGCGGCCCCGACUCGCCCCGGGGCGUCAAGUGGAUCACGCCCAAGACCGUCAUCUGGAAACCUGACAACUUCCUCGGUAGAUAACCGACACACACCGCACACACACGCAGAUGAUCGGGCGUUUCACCCCUGUUUGUUCGCGCACUGGGCCUGCCUCCGUCAGGCUAUCCGCGCUGCCUUCUCGUCUUCGAGCCACCUGAGGGUACGACACAGACACAUACAUACCCUUACUUGUUGCCGUCGUGCACACACACCACACCUCGUUGUCCUGUCCGCCUCUUUGUGUGCGCCCCGCCCGACAGGUGUGUCCCGUUACACGUCCAGCGACGCGGAUUUGCUCAAGGCGUUUGCGCGUGCCGAGUUCCCCAAGUUCGCGCUGCACAUGCCGAGCGACUGCGCGCUGGACAAGUGGGACGAGGCGCUCAAGGAGGCCAUCAAACUCGCUAAGAGACUCAAAGAUGGAGACGGUACGUUACGUGGGGGGUGAUGACAGACAGACCACAUACAACAGAUGGAGAGAUGGAGGAAAGGCGUGUCUGAUGCUCUGUUGCUUUCGUGUUGAUGAUACUGCCUGCCUGCAGUGAUGGACGCCAUCCGUCACCGCAAGUCACUCAACGUCGCCACCACCUCACUUCGAGGUACACAACACACGGCAGCCAGAUCCACACACACGACGCAGGGAGGGACGCACCAUAACACACAUGACGGUGUUUCCAUGCCUGCCCUCCCUCCUUGCAUGUGUGUGGAUCAGUUGCGAAUCGCGAGAUCGCGCGUUUGAAGGACGAGAUGGUGCAGCACCACUUCGCCCCCCGCACGUCCCCCCUGCCCACCUUCCCCUCCACCCGCGACGACCUCUCCCUCACCCCCCGCAACCCCCUCUCCGUCUUCAACCCCGAGCCCCUCCCCUCCCUCCACUACCUCAUGUCAGAGUCCGAAAGCGACUUCAUGAUGCAAUCGGGCGCCAACACGCCCUCAGGCUGGUCCUGGAGCGGGGCCGGCACCCCCCACCCCAACCGCAUGACCGACAUGAGCAGAGUGGGCAUGGGCAUGGGCACGGGGGGCUUCGGCAUGCGGCCGGCGCCCAUCGACAUGGGCCCGCUCGAGCAGAUCCGGCGGCUGGUCAAGGACAUCAACGACGAGAAGGCCGUGGGCAAGAGCGACCACAUCGGCCACGACUACGACGAGCCGCUGUCUGCGGUGCGGACUGGCAUCGACUUUCCCCUGUCGACCUGCGCCGACGACCCCAAGCACCCCACCAGCGUCCUGUCGUAUGGCGACAGCGACGUGUCGUCGGCGUACCAGGACCUCACGGAUGGGCGCGACGACAUGCUGGACGACUGGAAGAUGGUGCACGACAAGCACUAUGAGGGCGGGGACGAGGCGGGCAAGACCGACAGGGAGGAGCUGACGCCCACCGACUCGCUCGACUCGCUCAACGACCCGGAGGAGUCCAUCAUCAGCUCAGGAAGACGAAUGGAAGGUGAGUUGGACGAGAAGCCACUACACUACAACGCAACGGCAAAAGAGAUAGAUGCCCUCCCUCAUCACGUCAUGUGUGGUGAUUUGUCUGUGUGUGUGUGUGUGUCAGCGUCGCCGGCCACAGCGCUGUUUUCGUUUGCGCGUCGUCUGGCGGUGAAGCCGAACAGCCGGUCGCCGAUCAACGUGCGGUCCAAGGUGCCCAGGUCACUCAGCCUCCCAUCGCCCACCGUACAGUGUGUUAAUCCCCACACACAGAAAUACGACGGGAGAUAAGGAAGGGUGGGGCGAGGGGAGGGGGAGGGGGAUUGGCUGUCUGCCUGGUGGCCCUGUGGCGUGUCUGUCCGUCCUGAGUGUAAUUGAGCGUUUUUGUCUGCUGUGUAGUGUGUGUGACGGAAUGCAUGAGCGCUCGAAUUUUGCUGCUGCUUGAGAGAGAGACCUGCCCCGCCCCGCCCCGCCCCGCCCCGUCCGUGUGGAGGUGAAUGUGUGCUGUGUGCUCUCACAGACAGGCACCGGGCAGGGCCAGGGGGGGGGGUGGGACAGGCAGACAGACAGACCGACAGGCAGGCAGGCAGCCAGGCGGGGCGUGGGUCAGUGCGGUCGGCUGGCCCCCGCGUGUUACUCAAUCAUUUUUAGCUUUCUGGCUGCAUGUCGGCUGCACGGUGUGUGUGUGUGUGUGUGUGACGGUGUUUCUAUGGCUGUCUGACUAACGCAUUUAUGUGCGUACCGAUCACACCCCAAGUCACAUACAUACACAUCACUUCCACGCUCACUGACUCACUCACAAGUGCUUUGCUGUCCGUAUCGUGUUUGUUAGGUGGUGGUGCUGCUGCGGCUGUGUGACCACAGGCAGGCAGACAGGCGGAGAGGUGCUCAGCUCGUUUUUCAUGGCUCGUUCUUUGAGGGCGCGUGGGUGGUUCCCUUGUUCUGUCACGGGCUGCUUUUGUUUUGUCUCUGCUUCUUGAUCCUGUGCGUCGGCAGCCCGGCAGACAGGAUUAGGUAGCGGAGGCGAGGCAGAAGCAGUCUGUGAGAUGAGAGGGGCACAUCACCCUUGGACGGCGUGAGCUGGUCUGUCGGAUCAGUGUCUGUCGUGUGAGAGGUCUCGCACCUUGCAAGACUCCCUACCACAGGCAGCCGUUCCUGUCCGUGCAGUGCAGAUGGUGGGGGCAGGGCGGCUGCCUGUGGUGGGGGUCGGGUCGGGAAGGAAUGCUGGCAGGCCGCCAUGAGGGGGGAGGGGGAAGGGUCGACAGUACACCUGACUGCCGAGAUCUGGGCAAAAGUGGCCCGAGGUCUCUCCUCUCGCUUGCUUUCUGUCUCUCUCUCUCUCUCUCUCUUUCUCUCUUUCUCACUCCCAUACCUGUCUGUGGUCGUUGGAUGGGUGCGUGGCGUGCGCUAUGGUGGUGUGGUGUGUUCCCUUUAUCCAAACGGGUGUGCACCAAGAAAGAAAGAAAGAAAGAAAGUGCUUUACGUCGUGUAAAGAGUGCAUGCGACGCGCACCGCUCGCCCUCUGUCUGCCCACUCUACUUUGGCGGUUGCAUGACAUGAAUGCGUGUCUGUCUGAAUGUGUGAGUGAUGGAUGGAUGAGUGUGGGAGCGCGCGACUGAAUUCGCCCCAGGGGACAGGUGGAUGGAUGGAUGGAUGAGUGACAACACGGUCACUGGCUAAGAGUGCAGCGAAUGAGCGUGACGGUCACUGGUUGGUUGGUUCGUUGGUUGGUUGGUCGGCCGAUGGAUGGAUGGAUGCUUUAAGACAAUUGGUGGGUGGCUGGUUGGCCGGUGCGUUGGAUGGAUGGAUGGAUGGACGGAUGGCUGGGUGGCUGGCUGGCUGGCUGGCUGGGUGCACAUGCAGGGUCUGUCUCUGAAGGUGUGGUACUGCGUUGCGUUCGCCAAGCCAAACAGCCAGAGCCGGACAGCUCUGGCUGUUUGGGUUGGCGACGUGAGUGAGUGAGGGCCACGGCGGCACUCACGUGUACGUGUAGUCUCGGCGCGGGGCUGUAUAUAAAGCUGAAUGAAGCACAGAGCUAGCUAGAUGAACAGGGCAAGCCACAGAUCUAGAUAGAGGGGUGACCGGCCGGCCGAUGUGAGUGCAGGAGAUCUGCUUGGCCUCAACACACACAUACACAUCCAUACUUUCUUCCGUGGUUCCCUCCCUCUGCCUGUCCGUCCCUGACAUUGCCUUGCCUUGCCUUGCUGUGCGGCUCACUGACCUCUGUCCCUUCCUCUUGUGUGCCCUGCCUGUGGUGCGGUGCGUGUUCUGUCUUGGUGCUGUCUGUCUGCCUGUCGACUGCCUUGUUGGCUCACUGGGUCGGCUGGCCCCUACUCGCUCCACGCAGCCGACUUUUUCUAUCUACACACACCGUCACACUUGGACCGACCAUCCUUGCAUCUGUAGCUGCACCCCCUGACAGCCUUAGUCAUUGUUGUCAUGAUCAGGCGCUGCGGAUGGCAGGAGCGUUCAUGUGACAAUGCGCGCAUCGGCCUCACACAGCCCUUGGUGAUGUCUACAAUGACAGGGUGCCGUUGAGGCAGCAGGGCUGGCAUCUAUCUAUUCAGUGUAUACUCACUCGUGUAGGUUCUACAACGGCCCGGGUGGGUGGGGUGGUGGGUGAGCAUCACGCCCCCCUCCGAUGCGACUGACUGAAGUCCUUACACUGACUGACAAACGGGCAGACGGGCGGUGCUAAAUGAAGGUUUUGUAAUUCCU